AUGGCAUACAGCUUCAACGCCAACACAAACAACCCCUUCUCCUGGGCCGGGCAAACGGCCGACGACCCUUUCGACCAGAAAUGGCUUCCAAACACUAAUCUGUCGGCUCAGCCCAUCGGGGGUGCCGGCCUCCUCAGCACUGACACCCCAAGGAACGACGCGUCCCUCAUCAAGGACUUCAAUGAUGAACUUUCGGGUCAAGACACCCAAGAAGACCUUCUUGGCCAGUCGUCAUGGCUGCUUGUCAACGGAGCGCCGGGCGACCAUACAGAACUACCGUUCGACCUCGUCAUUGAUAACGGAAUCGACCUGGAUGCAGCCAGACCCGUCUCCUACGACAUCGCUCGGACGAGCAGUCAGGCAAGCUCUACGGGAAUAGACGAAGAGUCUGUCGGUUUCAGCAACGCCGAGGACGUGUGUGAUAUUGGCUUUAGUGCUGGCUAUGGCGACGGCUUUUUGAACGGCAUCGGCAGCCCAGGCACAAGCCUCUCUGAUGUUAUCCUGUCGACGAACCCCUCCUUGGAGAGCAGUCCUGUUUCUCCACGAUGCCCGUUUCUCAGCAUGCAGGCAGGAAAUGCCGGGCGUGGUGCCUCUCCAAGGACCGCAACUAGCGCCCCUCAGCCAGCCAUCGUCGAUGCCAACAGCAGUUUCCCAGGCAUUGGCUCCGCAAGUACGCCCAGAAGUGUUCCGAGACAGAAUGCGAGCGAUUCCAGUCCUUCUUCCGAGUUCUUUGAGCGAUGGAGUUUGCGUGCCGGCGGCGAUGCGAUGGAAUCUCUCGAUGUGGCCAUGUGGGAUGACUCGUCCCUCUCGGAGAGUUUCGUUCCAUAUCCCCAGAGCCAGCUGGGACCCUCCUUCGUCAUUGUCCCUCCCGAGGCUCCCGACGUGACGAUGAGGGACUUGAACGACUUCACAAUCGAACACCACGAGUCGCCUCGUGGUUCCACCCCGCCGGCGUCGUCGGACGUCAGACCCGGUCCGUACGAGCGCUCUCGCGAGGGCGCACGCAUCAGCUGCUCGACUGCAACCGAUGACAAGCGGCACGGACUAUGUGUCGCCUCGAGGAAGCCCCGCUCAGAACGCCAGAGCGCAAUUUUCCUCGCCAGUAGAGAGUUCUCGGUUUCAGCGGGUACCUCCGGCCGAGCCAACGAGGAAUUCAGGGGUCACGCUACCCAUGCCUAUUGCCUCUCGGCCCAGAAGGUUAAGCAACACGGGCCAAUCUCCCGAAAGUCAGAUCGUGGUGGGUCGGCCUAG